CUGUAUGGAGGUGAGGAACAGAGCUGCGCGGAGAGGCCUGACCAGGCAGGGUUCAGGUCGGCGGUGCUGGCCUGGGGUUUCGGUAGAUACCGGGUCUCAGCUACUGGGCCCGGGAAGAUGGUUCUAGGUGGUUGCCCGGUGAGUUACUUACUCCUGUGCGGCCAGGCGGCAUUGCUGCUGGGGAAUCUGCUUCUGCUGCAUUGUGUCUCUCGGAGCCACUCGCACAACACCACGGCGGAGCCCGAGUUCACAACGGCAGGCGUCGCCCAGCUGGAGGGCUCCACCGGCGCCUUGAGCUGGGAAUAUGGCGACCCCCAAUCUCCAGUCAUCCUUUGCUCUUACCUACCCGAUGAAUUUAUAGAAUGUGAAGACCCAGUGGAUCAUGUUGGAAAUGCAACAGCAUCCCAGGAACUUGGUUAUGGUUGUCUCAAGUUCGGUGGCCAGGCCUACAGUGAUGUGGAGCACACUUCCGUUCAGUGCCGGGCCCUCGACGGAAUCGAGUGCGCCAGUCCUAGGACCUUCCUACGAGAGAACAAGCCUUGUAUAAAGUAUACCGGGCACUACUUCAUAACCACCUUACUCUACUCUUUCUUCCUGGGAUGCUUUGGCGUGGACCGUUUCUGCCUGGGACACACCGGCACAGCAGUAGGGAAGCUCUUGACGCUUGGAGGACUGGGGAUUUGGUGGUUUGUUGACCUUAUUUUGCUUAUUACUGGAGGGCUGAUGCCAAGCGAUGGCAGUAACUGGUGCACUGUAUACUAGAAACAGCUGCUUUGAUGGCCCAGAGGGCCAAGUCUUCUGAAUUCAUCUCUCCAGGCUCAAAAGCCUUCCUUCACAUCAGACUUGGCCGUUACUUUCCCUCUUUGGAGGGAAUGGGUUUGUUAAGACAGCUUCUUCAGACCAUGGAUAUUGCACCCAAACUUACCUUGCAGACCAGAAAUGACAAGCAAACAGUAUAAUGAGUAUCAAGUAUGUACCUUUCCACAUGCGUGAAAUAUAAAGGCUAGUGAUUGACUUCUCAGCUGCAGAGGGGCUUCCAUACUCUAUUUGUGUGCAUUGCUACAUCGUCAGUCCUUUGGACCAAGUGGACCCAACAGGAUGAGCAAAGUGGAUGUUUGUAGCCUCAUGCCUUUUGUGACCCUGAGUCGUCAUGCAGCAGAGAUCUGAAGCGCAACCUGCGAAAAUCUGCAGCAGAAGUAGAAGUGGCGAUGGAUUUUUAAUACACACUGAAAUUCUGACUUUCUGAAUUUAAACUGCAGAAUAAAUGUUGCCAACCUGG